GCACAGUGCAAUUGCAAAACAUAACCUACGUCGGGGUUGUUUUCGCAUUAGAGGGGUUGUUUUGGUCGCUCGCGAUAUAUUUUUGACAGCUAUCGCGGGACAUGAACUGUCACUAUAAACACGCGCGAUAAUCGCGAAAAUGGCUGCGCCUCAUCUAGGCGUGAGCGAUAUCGUUCACUUGAACGUUGGUGGCACCAGAUUCUCCACGUCUCGCCAAACGUUAACGUGGAUCCCGGAUUCGUUCUUUACAGCUCUGUUGAGCAACAGGAUUGACAGUCAUAAGGAUGAAACUGGGGCACUUUUUAUAGAUAGAGAUCCAAAGUUAUUUUCUAUUAUAUUGAAUUAUCUCCGUACCAAGGAUAUUGAUCUGAAAAAUGUAGAUAUUCGGACUUUAAGACACGAGGCCGAGUACUAUGGUAUCACUCCUCUAGUUAAACGCUUGAUGCUCUGCGAAGACUUGACUCAGUCAUCCUGUGGCGAUGUAUUGUUUUAUGGCUACUUACCACCUCCAUGCAUACCACUUCAAGAACCUAUUACUGUAACGUCAAAUGUCAGUGAUGUAUCUGUUCAUAUUAGAGUUGGUCCUAGUGCAAGCUCUAGACCCGAUGGACCAUCUACCUCGCAGCCUAACCAACCACACAUUGCCAAUCCUAUUAAUCAAAAUGCUACUGGUCCACAAAAUCACAAAGGAACAUUGGGAACACAUAUGAGAAAUUCUUCUUUAGAUUAUCGAUUGCCACAACGUGGUCUCCCACAUUCUCGCACACCAUCUCUAGAUCUAAGACACGUUAGAAACAAUUCGGCCGAUUUGAAUAAAUUAUAUAAAAACGAUAUUGGCCUUGUAUUUGGAUUACAACAAGCUUCAUCCUGGGUGGAUCCUUUGAGAGUGCAGAUCAUAAAAGCGCAUCACAACUGGAUAGUAAUCGCUUACGCGCACUUUAUCACAUGCUAUAGGCUAAAGGAUUCGUCCGGAUGGCAACACGUGUUCACCAGUCCGCAUAUCGAAUGCAUAAUAGAGCGCGUAGCCAUAAACGCGAAGAUGGGAAGUGGCGCAGACGGCAAGAUGGUAGCCAUCUCCUAUGGCAAUCAAGUAAGGCUGUGGGGUGUAUCCGAGGAAGGAAUCAAGAUCAAUGUAGGCACAUUCAACUUGAAUGUGCGCGUAGAAUAUCUAUUCUUCAUUGGUAGCCAAUUGGUCGCGUUAUCGCCGACCGGAAAAAUCGGCGUGUGGCACGCGAUGACUCAUCACUGGCAGAUACAAGAUGUAGUGCCCAUCCUAUCAUUUGACACAGCUGGAUCCUUUCUUUUAUUAGGUUGCAACAACGGGUCUAUUUAUUAUAUCGAUAUGCAAAAGUUUCCUUUGCGAAUGAAAGACAAUGAUCUGCUUGUUACCGAAUUAUAUCGAGAUCCGAGUUACGAUCCCAUAACUGCAAUAUCUGUGUAUUUAACGCCGAAAACAACAUCUGAGAGGGGAAAGGGAGGUCUUUGUGGAAAUUGGAUAGAAAUCGCUUAUGGGACGAAAUCUGGAAGUGUCCGUGUAAUCGUUCAACAUCCAGAAACAGUUGGCCAUGGUCCACAGUUAUUUCAAACUUUCACAGUACAUCAAAGUAGUGUAACCAAGGUAACACUUUCAGAAAAAUACUUGGUGUCGGUUUGCUCGGAGUAUAAUCACGUUAGAAGUUGGGCGGUGACUAGAUUUCGCGGGAUGAUUUCAACGCAACCGGGAUCAACGCCUGAAGCAAGCUUCAAAAUAGUUUCCUUGGAAGCAAUCGAUCCUUGCGUUAGCUACAACGCCGGCAACGACUUCGGGCCGUUUGGCGAACAAGAUGACGAGCAAGUGUUCGUGCAGAAGGUUGUACCCGAAACCGAUCAAUUAUUUGUUCGAUUAGCAUCGAAUGGAAAGAGAGUUUGCGUGAUACAAUCGGUGGAUGGUAGUAUUAUAAGCUCAUUUUAUGUGCACGAGUGUGAAGGCUCUAGUCGCAUGGGCUCAAGGCCCAGACGCUUCAUAUUCACUGGCCAUUCUAACGGCACUAUACAAAUGUGGGAUCUCACAACGGCAUUGGAUCCAUCUUUCAAUGCCACUCAAGAUACCUCUGGUGGACCUACACCAGAAGAGCUUUGGAAGUUAUUAGAUCAAUGCGACCUAAGCAACAGUCAUAGUUCGACACCUUGUAUCAGUCCGUCACCUUCGUUGAUCGCAGCCGGACCUAGAAUUAAGUCGAGCAACGUGUUGUUUCUUAAUCAGUCGCAAAAUCCAGACGCAACACCUGGACCAAGCCAAACGUAAGUACACGUCUGAUCAAACUAUGUGGCAAAAAAAUAUGCCAGAUAUACCGUGCUACUCCAUUAUCUGCAUUUAUUUUAUUUAUUUAUUUUAAUAAAUUACUAUUAAAAAACAAACUCAAAAACUAAAAGUCUGUAGUCAUAGUUCCUAAGUAACGUCUUUGCAUUUAUGUGUAACGAGACAACAUUACUCUACCGAAGUUCGCUAUUUAUCUAUUUAAAUAGUGCAAUUUAAAAAUAAUAUAGGAAAGAUGACUGCAUUAAACUUUACAAGUACAUAGUUGUAAAUUAUAGCUGUUAAUAUUGAAAUUAUUAUUUUAAUUUACCGUUUUACAUAAAUUUAAAUGGAUAUCUAUUAAAUUGUUUUAAGGGAGUUUGAUAUCUCGAUUAAUGAAUCAUUGUUUAUUGUUAUUAUCAUAACUAAAUUUUUCGAAAAAUUUAACUAAGAGAAAUAUUUCUCCUUCUGAGAAGGGUUUAUGUUGUUUAAAUUAUUUAUUAUUAUUUUUAAAUGAUUAUCUAUUCUUAGAAAGAUCAAUUUAGUGGUGUUCAUUUUUCAAUAUAAUAUUUAUACAUACUUCGUCUUAUGCAAAUCUGUUUGCUUCGUCUUAUGUAAAAGAAAUGGCAUAAACAUUCGAUAAAUUCAUAGACUGAUAGAUGAUACAAGUUAAAUGUUUUGUUUAGAAUUAUAUAUUCUGUAUCAAUGUUAUAAAGUGAAUGUGAAGAUAGUAGUACAUAAAAUUACAUCAUUUCAUUCUCUCGCGACAUUGAAACAAGAUUAACAAAUACUGUCAAAUUUUGAUGGACACUUAUAUAUAAUUAUUGUAAGUCGAAGUGACACCAUUGUUAUACAUUUCUAGCAAUUUUAUACUCUCUCUUUGACCAUAAAACACUUAAAUAUUACUUCAACAUUAUAUCGUUCUCAACAUUUCAUGAUCUCUAUGAACAUUAUUUAAAAAAUGUAUUUUCCAUGAUAUCUCUCGAUUAACAAAUGGUAUACAUUACGUAUGCAAUUAAAAAACAUUCAAGAACUGAAUAGCUCUCUUAUGUAUGUAUAUACGAGUACUCGUGUACUUUUGUUAUAGUUUUACUGCAUAUAUAAUGUAUACGUGUUUAUCAUAUAUAUAUGUAUAUGUACAUAAUAUAUAAUAUAUUGUAAUAUUGUUGCGCAACUGUUACUUCUGUGAUUUAACGAUGGUAAAUAAACUAUCAUGUAUAUGUGUAUGGCGGCA